AGGUUGUUUCGACUUCCACUUCCACGUUGUGCGUAGGCCUUCUUGGCAGUUUUUGCACGCGCAGCGCACCACGUAGCGGCAUCGAGUACACACGCGUACGUGUCUGUUCGCAUCGAACUCCUCUCAGAUCAGCAAAUCGUUUUCGUUGUUAUGCCGGUAGAGCUGUGGAAGCUAAUUCCUUUUUUUUCCCGUUGUGGUGGUGCUUUUGCCCUCGUCAUUUUCUGACAGAAACGUUCACGAUUGCGUUCGAAGCGGUCUGCCUUGACGUCUACGAAGGUGGUCCGGUUGUUGUUAUUUUUUUUUUUUGCGAAUAGAACCAGUUUUUGCAAUACACCGUAAUUGCUGUUGCUUUCGUCCUCUAUAAUUCGUUUUUCGACUCACCUGCUCUUCUGCUCUCUGUUGAUACUCCCUCUUUCACAGAGUCAUUUCGCGGUCCGUGGUCAUCACGUUGACAUCCGAGUAACCGGCUUCGCUUCUCUCUAUUAACUCUUAUAUUUAUAUAGGAAGAACCAAAGGAGAAUGUUGCAUCACAGAGUUGUUCUUUUCGCUGCCCCGCUGCAUGGCGUAGAGCUCGCCGGGCUGCUCUUCGGCGAUUACAUGCAAAGCUCCCUCUUCCACAUGGACGUCACGGAGGCCCUGUGUGACGUGAACGGCUGGUUCUCCUUCUUUCACAGCGGCUUCCAGCCGUCCGCCCUCCUGAACUUUUACAGCCGCCUCCUCAGCGAGCGUCUGCUCUUUCGCCUGCUGGAGUGCGGCGUAUCGGCGGUGUGCAUGUACAGUGACUCCGACUUCUGCAAGGACGCUAUCGCCUUUCAUUACAUUUUCCCUAUUGUCCGCGACUACCGGUACUCGCGGUUUUGGUUUACGCGGCUGCUGCGGUGCGUUGGCCGCUUCCUCUGUCCAAGCUUUCUGCGGCGUAGAGGCGGCGGCGGUGGCAGUGGCGGCAAGGCGGCGGCAGUGUCAGCCGGUGCACGAACGAAGUCUUCCACCUCCACCCCCGCGGCACCAAAGCUGUUCCAACGCGGAGAAGAAAGCGAUGCAGAGAUGAAUUUCUAUCGAAACCCCCCGCGUCCGUCCCGUGCGGAGCCGUUCGCCGGGAUGCCGGAGUCUUACCGGGAUGCACUGCAGUACUACCUCUAUAGCUAUCGGACCCGUCCCUACUACACCGCUUUUGUUAGCGGCUUCGUGUCGGACGUUUCACUCUUCACUGCGGAACAGAUCAUGUGGUACGUGUACUUCUACCAAGAGCGGCGCAAGUCCACCUCGAAGUGGCGCAUUUGGAAACCGUACUUGAGCGACUUGGCGGUGGUCGCGACGCAGACAACCUUGGUGUACAUGGCGCGCGUGUCGGGCAUUCUCAUCGGCCAGAAGUACUCACACGAGCCGACCGGCGGCGGCAUCUUCUGGUGCGAGCAUCUGGCGUUGCUGGCGCUCUCGCCUGCGAUUCACUACGCCAGUAUGCGGGUAGGAUUUGCUCUCCGCGAAGCCCUCGAGCGUCGCCACCCCCGCACCGUCGCGGACGAGAUGGAAGACACGAGAAUAGAGGAGGAGGCGGAGGAGACGGCCCGCGCGCAGGCCGCUGCGGCACGCGCCGCCUUUGCCUUCACGAGCGGUCCCAGCAGCGGCGAUGCCGCUGGACACGCCGCCGGAGGGGCGAGCAACGGAUCUUCCUCCAUUUUUGGUCUAUCCUCUAACAGCGGAAGGAACUUUUACGACGUGUUGGGUGUGACGGAUCAGGCGAAGGCGCCGGAGAUUAAGAAGGCCUACCGGGCGAAGGCGCUCCAGAACCAUCCCGAUCGCGUCCGCAAGGACACCGCUGCGCAGCAGCAGGCGCGGGAGCAGAUGUCCAUUAUCAAUGAAGCAUACGACACGCUGAUCGACGCGGACAAGCGCAUGCAGUAUGACGCGUCCCGACGCUUUGCGGACGGCUCCGACUUUUUCAAGAAACUCGAGUCCAUGUCAACGGUGCAGCUGGUUGCCGUGGGCACCAGCGCGAUGGCAGGGCUGUGUGCGUUGGCGGUGAUUUCUGCCUAUGGUCAGUAUGUGACGGUUUUCCAACGUGUCACCUCGCUCGGACGAGGGCCGCUUCAACUGUUUGUCUAA